AUGACUGCUGCCAUUCUGUGCUUACACUUAUGUCUAAUGGGGCUCUUGGACCAUGGCCAAGAGGAGCUGGAGCUGGAAUACAGGCCACUUCAGGGUCCACAGCUGGACCAAGGUCUGUAUGCCCAUUACUGGAUACACAAGGUUCCUGGAAUUGACUCUCGAGGCCGCCAUGACAGGCCCCGCCCCCGCCGGACGGCCGUUGGGGCCCCACCCUCCGCGCUCGCGCAUGCGCUCCUGUCUUCCGGAGCCGACUGCCCCAACGACGCCGGGAGCCAUUGGAGGACGGCGGUCCGCGUGCCCGAGAGCCCCGCCCCAGUGGGCGUGCGCAGGCGUGCAGGCGAGGGGCGCGCGGGGAUCUGUUCCAGGAGGUCUCUGCAGGAGAGGAGAGAAAUGCAGGGUCGGGCACGCUACGGAGCAUCUCUGGCGACGCUCCUCGCCGGGAACCUUUGUGACGGUCUCUUCUUAAAACCAGCUCUUAUCGAGCCACCCUAUUCUUUCAGAAAGCCUCAGUCCCACUUGCCCAUUCUCCUCCUCCAUUCACUCCUUUCCUUUGCCUCAACAGCAUCUCCAGUGCUGGGAAUGGAUGUGACCAUGAACCCCGGUGCCUCCUUGUCUACUUUCACGGCAGUGCCCUUCCCUCCACCCAUUCCUGGGGCCCAGGACCGGCCACCCUGGCAGCAGCACCUGCCACGUCCCAACACCCCAGCAUUCCCUCCUGGCAGCAGCCUGCUGCUGCCAGCUUUCCCCAGGACGCCUUUGGUGGCUAAUGGUGGCCGUGGCCCCAGUGCCCCUGGGGCUUGCAACCUCACUGUCCAAGUCAGGUCACAAGGGAGGACAGUGGAGGCCCCCCAGACUCAGACCUUUGUCGUUACUCAGGCCCCCCUCAACUGGAGCGCUCCAGGGGUCCUUAGCAGGAGUGCUGCAUGUCUUGCACCCGUAUUCUUAGCAACUCCUGUGAUGGGGACCGUUGUGACUGCUCCAGCUGUUGGAGUUAGUCAGGCUGGCAAGGGAGGCUGGACCCCAGGCUUUCCUCCUCAAGCUCCAGCACCAGCUGCCCAGCUGGCCCCUAUCAUUCGCCCAGUGAACUCUGGGCCAUGGCCACAUGGCGCUUCCAGGGAGGGCCGCCUGGCCACCAACCAGUCCAACGCCUCGCAGGAUGGCUCCUCUAACCCCCAGAGAGAGUACAGUAACUGCCGACGUUGGCAGCGCUUCAAGCCCCUGGCCCGGAGACACUUUCACCGGAGUCCUGAUGCAGAAGCUUUUUCCUGCUUUCUCAUCCCAGUGCUUCGAUCCUUGGCCCGCCGGAAGCCCAGCAUGACGCAGGAGGAGGGACUGCGGAGGGCCGUGCAGGAAUGGCGGCGCUUGAGCAAACUUGACCGGAUGAUCUACUACGAGAGGGCGGAAAAGUUCAUGGAAUUUGCAGCCGAGGAGGAGAUACACAUUCAGAAUUUGCAGUGCAUGCAGUGCGCGCAGGACCUGCCUCCUCCAGCCCCACCGAAGCUGGAUCCUCCGGGGCCCCCAGCCCCGGUGAUUCCCCCUGAGACUGUGAGGGAGUAUGUGGACAGGAUGGAGGCGCUGGUGGGGCCCGUCCACUCAGGCAGAGGCAAGUCACAUGCAGAAUGUGGAAAGGACGGAAAUGAGCCGAAGCAGGAAGAGGACGACAGCUACAUGGACCCGUGUCUCUUGAGCUACAUGGACAAGCAGCGUUCCCGGGAAGACUCUGUCACCAAGGUGGAGGCAGUCAUUCACCCUCGAUUCCUGGCAGAAUUGCUUUCCCCAGACCCACAGCUGGAUCUCUUGGCCCUUGCUAAGGAGCUGAAGCAGGAGGAAGGACUCACCCCUGAAGAACUGGUGCAGAAACGACUCCUGGCCUUG